ACGAGAGAGGGCACCCAUGGGCAGCAUAACAUCCAGUUCCCCACUUGAGCUUGUUUGCAUUGAUUUUCUGCACUUAGAGUCCUGCAAAGGGGGGUUUGAGUACAUACUUGUGGUGGUGGACCAUUUCACCAGGUUUGCCCAAGCCUACUCCACCAAGAACAAGGCAGCUAAGACAGCAGCAGACCGCCUCUUCAACGAUUUCAUCCCCAAAUUCGGCUACCCCUCCAAGCUUCACCACGACCAGGGUCGCGAAUUUGAGAACGAGUUGUUUAAGUCACUCAGAGAGCUUGCUGGUGUUGGGCACUCAAGGACAUCUCCCUAUCAUCCCCAGUGUAACCCCGUUGAAAGACUGAAUCGCACCCUGUUGCAGAUGCUACGCACAUUGGGAGAGAAAGAGAAACAAAACUGGAAGGAGCAUUUGCCUCACAUCAUCCACGCUUAUAAUUGUACUAAGCAUGAGGCCACCGGAUUUUCUCCGUAUUACCUGUUGUAUGGCCGACAUCCUCGCCUCCCAGUGGAUCUUCUUUUUGGCCUCAUGACAGAAAAUGACACAGAGACACCACAUGGAUAUGCAGAGAAAUGGAAAGGGAGAAUGACAGAGGCCUAUCGCAUUGCAAGUGCAAACAGCCAACAGUCAAGCUCCAAAGGGAAAGCAAAUUACGACAAAAGGUGCAAAGGAGUAACAUUUCAGACUGGGGACAGAGUCCUUGUGCGUAAUCUGGGUGAAAGAGGUGGCCCGGGCAAACUAAGGCCCUACUGGGAACAUACAGUCUACAUCGUAAGGGAGCAGGUUGGUGACAACCCCGUCUAUAAAGUAAGCCCUGAAGUAGGAGGCCGUCCUGUCCGCACCCUACACAGGAACCUGCUGCUACAAGUAAAUGACUUGCCAGUUGAUGUUGUCCAGAGUGAAGCCACCAAGCCACACAAGAGAAACCAAAAGUCCGCAGGAAGACCAAACGCACCAGACCAGACACGCACCCCAGAGGCAAGUGACUCAGAAGAAGAGGAACAAUUCUACUGGUUCCGGGUACCCAGAUAUUCUCAACAGAGCCAUCAGCCAGUUGAACCAGUCCGCAGUGAGCCACAACGCAGACCUGGUCCAAGUCAGACACGACAAGUAGAACAGACACACAACCACCCUGAACAAAGAGACACUGAUACAGAAGAGGAACAUGUUACACAAAGACAGGAUGGACAAGAUGCAGACCUAUUCCGACCCGAUGAGGACCAAGAAAUACUGCAGCUUCAAGAAGAAGUGAACAGCCCUGAGCAUGGCCCUCGCUCAGCCGCGAGUCCUGACCCAGAACCGGUACCCAGCUCUGAUCCAGGGCUUGACAUGCACCCGGAGUCACCACCCCGUCUGAGGCAGUCCACCAGGCAGAGACGACCCAACAUGGUCUUCACCUACCCAUCCUUGGGCCAGCCAGCCUACCAGACUCGUCCUACGGUGAACACAGUCAACGUCCAGUCUUCACUAUACCUCAGGAGAGAAGAUGCCUGAAGAUUAAGGACAUUUGUGAAAGACAUUCCAGAGACUUUUUUUGAAAAGAGACUUUAUUAGUUUAGGGGUUUGAGUUAUUUUAGUCAAGUGUCAGGAGCCACUUUUGUUGUUGGGGAGCGUGUGGUACACCUAAAAAUGUGUCACCACAUUUAAUAAUUGUUAUGGUAGCUAUCAUUAUCAUUAUUAUUGUUAUUGAUAAUAAUUUCUAAUAAUUUAGAGGAUAUAUUUCCUUUUUUUUGGCAUAAAUUCGUUGUACUGUGUGGAUGUUGGGGA